UCUAAUCAGACGCGGCUACCCUAUAGACAUAUUGGAUAGAGAGGAGCGAACAGCCUUGUUCGAGGCAUGCUGUCUGGGAAAUGCAGAAAUGUUUUCAUUUCUGUUAGAGAACGGUGCAAAACCAUCUCUAACCGAAGAUACUGGACUCACUCCGUUACAUCUGCUGAUCUUCUUUGAGCCUGUAGUCAUUCAUGAUGUUGCCGCUCAGUUAAUGGCCAGAGGUGCAAAUAUUUACGCUCAGACUAGACGGGAUCACGUUUGGAUACUUCCCUGGCAUGGUAUAUCAUUAAAAGGAACUCCACUUCAUUUUGCGGUAAGCUGCAGGAACAUGGUCGCCAUCAAGACCCUUCUUCGCUUCGGAGCAGAUCCAAAUCAGCGCGCAGGAUUCUUAAGCUCUCUCGAUCUCGCCGCUUCAUUCAACUUCCCAGAGAUCUGCGCUCUACUUAUCGAGCAUGGCGCGACGACAAAUACACAUUGGUUUGCUGGUAGAUCCCCACUCCAUUGGAUUGGCGACCCAGUGUUUUGCUCUCCACUUGGAAAGCUCAUUAUACACGGUCCAAAGUAUAGAGAGGCCGUCGCCUUAUGUGUCGACAUUUUGCUUUCUCACGAUGCAGUCAUCGACGAACCGGACAACGGACACUUGCUCGGGGAGAAUUUGUCGUAUUCAUAAUUGUGUGAUAUUUCCGAUCACGCGAUGAACAAUUCGGAGGACAAUAGAUGUCGAUUCUAUGUAGGAAUCUGGCUAGGCUAUAUACACGUAGGGGAGGCCUGUGCGGCCUCCAAUUAAACUAGAUCUAUAUCUUUUGCGUAUAUAAACCUAUACAUCACGUGUUCUAUACAUUACGUGCCCGAGUAUAACCUAAACGCUAAGAAUUCC